AUUAUCAACGCCGCCUACGAACCGGAGCAGAACUCUAUCACCAUUCCCGCGGGCAUCCUCAAGGCGCCCUUCUUUGACGCUGCCCGCCCCUUUGCCAUCAACCACGGCUCUAUCGGCGUGGUCAUCGGCCACGAGUUCACCCACGGUCUGGACGAUCAAGGCCGUCAAUACGACGAGGUGGGCAAUCUGAAGAACUGGUGGACCCCGGCGGCCAUCAAGGCUUUCAGCGAGCGCAGCAAGUGCUUUGUCGAGGAGUACGGCCGCCAGGUGGAGAAGAGCACCGGACUGCAUCUCAACGGCCAAAACACACUGGGAGAAAACAUUGCCGACAAUGGAGGAACCCACGAAUCGUUUAACGCCUACAAAGCACGAGAAGCGGCCUCGGGGGCGUCGCCCACGCUGGCCGACCUUCCCAAGUUCACCUCGGACCAGCUCUUCUUUCUCUCUUAUGCUAAUACCUGGUGCAGCCUGACCCGUCCGGAGAAGCUGAAGCAGCAGAUCGAGUACGACCCGCACAGUCCCUCGCAGUACCGCGUCAAUGUCCCGCUGUCCAAUUCGGCAGACUUUGCCCGAGCCUUCAGCUGCCCGGCCGGUUCGCCAAUGAAUCCCUCCGGAAA